AUGGUGAUGAAGUAUAGUUAUGAGAUAAACGAUCCGUCGAAGGCAGUGAAGGCAAGGAUUGACAAUGCAAAGGUGAGUUUCAAGAACACACGGGAAGCGUCUGGGACGCUACGUAAGCGCAAGGUGGUCGAUGCGAUUCAGUAUCUGAAGAAUGUGAUUGCAAAGACGGAGUGUGUUCCAUUCUGUAGGUAUAGCCGAGGAUGUGGGAGGACUGCACAGGCAAGGAAGUUUAGUGUGCCUGACAGAGAAGUUACCAAGCCCAAUGGGGAGAAGGCAAUUAAAAGAGGAUAUGUGCAGGUGAAAGGCAGAUGGCCGAAAAAGUCAGCGGAGUUUCUGAUCAAUCUUCUUGAGAAUCUGAAGGAGAAUGCAGUAUCGAAAGGACUGGAAGUUGAGGAGCUUGUGAUAACGCAUGUGCAGGUGAAUAAGGCGCCUAAGAUCUAUGGAAGGACUUUCAGAGCACAUGGAAGAGUGAAUCCGUUCAACAAGAGUCCGUGCCAUAUCCAGAUGGUUGCGGAGGUGAUAGGAAAUAAUGAUGUGAGCAUUGAAGCCUGA